AUGAACAUUUACCUUCCCACUGACCAAGUUCGCUGGCCCAAUGCUCUGCCUGAUACUACCAUGCAACCCCCUUACUCAACAUCUACAAUACUUCCAUUUUCAUCUAUUGAGGAAUGCCAACUUCCCCAUCCAACGCCUGUCAUUCACUCCUCUGUCUCUCCUAACCCCAUACUCUGUGCUGAGCCCGGUGUUUAUUUCCCGGCGGGUUCUAAAGCCGACUUGCCUGGAAAAACUUACUCCUGUCCGAUCCCGAACCCGAGCAUGCCAUACCUACAAUCGAUCACGUCAUCUGGCGGAAGUGACUUGGUUCCAACAUUCACGCACUUUUCCGGAAUAAGGCCGCAGACGUUACACCUCUCCCGAACCUCGCUCUUCCACAAUACGACUCCUCGCGCUCUGUAAUGGUCCCAAAGCCGUUCAUCGAGGAUGACCGUACACCGAUCCGCAACACGCAACCACUCCCGCACCGGCUUAUUGUUUCCAACCUUCCCGCUAUUUCCGGUGACAUAGCGAGGCAAAGGGCUGAGACCACCCUGGAACACCUCUUCGCGGCCGGGAUUGGCCCCAACGACCAACCAGCCUUCUUCGAGUCACACAAGAUCGGCUACCCUACGGGCUUAUCGGAUCCUCCACAAUCAAGGUACAAAGCUUUAAACACAGACUACUUCGAGAUCGUCGGGCCCGAAAACGACAUCCGGUAUACCACGAAAAUACACGCGUUCCUCAACGCCAACCCAUACCGUGAGUGGAGCAAAGUACCACCACAAUUCAACCCACAAGUUCAUCUCUUAACGGCUCAUUUUUUGAACCAAGCAGACCCGUCAACGUUCGCGUCCCCACUGCUUGACGAAGAUGGCAAUGUGUGGCCUCGUUUGUUCGCUCACUUUACGGACACAAAAGAAAACGACGUCGUGAGAUAUGUUCGCUUAGCUUUCGAUGCCCAACGACACUCGGGCAAAGAUGGUUUCGAGGCCAUCGAACGAGUUCCUGAGGAUCUGCUUCGCAAGGCGGUUAAAGCACACAUCGACAAGCACUUCGAGGAUAUGCUCGACGUCCCGGCAAAAUCCUGCAUCUCCAUCACAACAGAAUCAAGCAAUCGACAGGAUCAGUGCAAGGUCCUGGUCGCAGUUCGAUUGGCAAGCUCUACGAUGGUGGAUAAGAUUACAGCGUCAAAAGACCGGUCCACUUUUAGUGCGAAGCUCAACAUACCAAUUCGAUCCAUGCCGCGUCUAGCCCCACAGGCGAACAACAGGAUGGAACCGCUUUUGGUCGAGCAUACUAUCACCGGUGUCUUUAAACGACUUGUCAAAACUCGAGGGAUGCAAGAGCCGUACGCAAUCGUGGUCUUAUGGGCAAAAUCCAACAGCGAUCCUCAGAGUGUCGCUACCUACACGAUGAAAUGCCUUGCAGAAGCAGAGAAGCGACACGACCAAGAUUACCCCCACGAACCUAUUACCCCACCGGAGGGCGCCAUUGUUACUACCGAUUACGAGCCCGCGACAGGAACGGGCCAACAUCAAAAAGCGGUUUUUCGAUUCUCGAUCUCUACGUCCGCAUUCGCGUCAUACUUGGUCCAAAUGGUUCCCACACUGCCCGCUUUUGAUCGUCUCGCGACUUGCUGGCACGAUGGAGACGAACGCGUGGCGAUCAGGGUCUGCCUCGACAGCGAACGCGCAGAUGCCAUCUCAGCCCGCUUCAAUAGAGCAACAUCCGACUCGCAAGGAUUGGCCGCCGAAAGUUCACGACAGAUUGAGAAUCGCAUCGACCUCAUCCAAGACUCCAUACACACCAUAGCAACAAUCUAUUCCGAAGACAGACGCAGGGCCGAACAACGCCACCAGGAAAGUCAGGAAGCGCUGCACAUGCUCCAGAUGAACAAUCAAUCACUUUACGCGGGAAUGGCAGGCGUGCAAAUGACGUCACAAGCACAAUUCGGUGUCUUUUCGACCAACCAGGCGCUCAGUGACCUCAGGAUGCAACUCUUUUCCUACCCCAAGGACAGUCAGGAGUACAACGACAUUAAAGAGGAGAUCGACGCGGCGAAACAGACAGUCAAGGAGGCGCAGCUCAUAUAUCAGCAAACUCUACAGCAAUCCAACCUAGCCAUUCAGAACGCCAACCCCAUUUUACAUCAACAACGACUGGUCAACAAUGCCCCGACAACACCCGAAGCCAACAUCACGAACAACUCGCCGACGAGAGAACGCGAUGAAUCUGGAGGCUCGCCCAGUAAGCGCGGACGUCUCACUCACCACGGACGUGUCGCCGAAGAGGAAGGGAGUCUUGUUUCAAGCGUCAUGAGGACAGAACGUCGUAUCGAGGAAGGAAUGUCUAUUGUCAGUACUCAACCACAAUCCCCAUUCUCUUCUCGGACCUUGUCUGACGAGGUGCUGCUUAUGGCCGCAGGACCCAUAA